AAUCUUGUCUCAUGAAAGCAGCUGCACAGCAUAAAACAAAAUUAUAAGCAUAAUUUGAUAAUCGCAUCAAGAUGAAAAGAAAUUUUGAAGCUGCUGCCAAAGCAAAUAAUAAGCAAGCCAUGAAACGACGAAGCGUGCAACCGAGCAAAAAGCUCUCCCUACAAUUACAUUGCGUAAUUGCCUUUAUAACGAGGCUUCUUCUUGUAACGUACUCCAACUAUCACGACAAGUAUUUUAAUGUACCAUAUACCGAUGUAGAUUACAAAGUUUAUACCGAUGCAGCUCGAUAUAUAACCAAAAGAGGCUCACCUUACGAACGCCAUACAUACAGAUACACGCCACUGCUUGCAUUGCUAAUGACUCCGAAUGUAUAUUUGCACCAAGAUUGCGGUAAAGUUUUCUUCUCUGUUAUUGACAUCUUGGUCGCUAAAAUAAUGAGGAAAAUUCUCCUUUGUCAAAAGUUUAAACAGCAAACCGCCAAUCUUUGUGCCCUCUUAUGGUUAUAUAAUCCAUUGGCAAUGGUAAUAUCGACUAGGGGUAACGCAGACUCUCUGGCAGUUUACUUGGUUUUAUGGACAUUGUAUUUGUUACAAAAUGACCAACUUAUUAUGGCCGGGAUGGUUCAUGCUUUAUCAAUACAUUUUAGACUCUAUCCACUAGCGUUUAGCCUGGUCAUGUAUUUGUAUUUGGGAGAGAGAAAUUUAUUGCUACCCAAUCGAAGGCAAAUGAAGCUAAUAAUAUCUUGUCUUUUGGGGUUAUUCGAUCUGACAGCUCUGUCCUAUGCAUUGUAUGGGAAAAAGUUUUUGGACGAAAGCUUAAUUUACCAUUUGGUGAGAAAAGACGUUAGACAUAAUUUUUCGGUAUACUUUUAUAUGCUUUAUCUUUCAGCAGGCGAAGACCAUAGUAUUUUACAAAAAAUAUUUACCUUUCUACCGCAAGUCUGUAUAUUGUUGGCCUUAGCCAUGCGCUAUUCGUCAAAGGAAAACUUACCCUUUGCAUUAUUCACCCAAGCCAUAACGAUGGUUACAUUCAACCCCGUCAUGACGUCUCAAUAUUUCUUUUGGUUUCUCUCUUUGCUUCCAAUUUGCCUACCCCAUUUGAAAAUGAGCUUAACGAGGACAAUUGCGCUAGUCGUUAGUUGGAUAUUUAGCCAAAGCUUAUGGUUGUUUACAGCAUACUUGCUGGAAUUUAUGGGAAUGAAUACCUUCGAUUACAUUUGGCUCGCUGGCAUAUUUUUCUUUACCGUUAAUAUUAAAAUACUCGUCGACUUAAUUAAUUGUUACAAGCUAUAAGUAUAAUUACCGAAGUGUAUGUCGAUUACGAAUGAAAGUAAAGACAAGAAAAAUUGAUACAAAAAUUGUAUGUCAAUUUUAUAAUUAAUUAUAUAUUAUUAGCUAAUGAAGUA